AUUCACGCCGGGGAGAUAGGGUCUGGUUGGUGGCUGCCAUUGUCGCCCGCACGGGGGCUGCCUGCGCCACGGACUGUCUGAGCUGUGCGUGAGGCGGCCGGGGGUCACAGUGGAAGGGAGAGUUUGUGUCCUGAGGUGCUGCGGUGGAAUGGGCGCCCUCACCCAGCGCCGGGGUACCGCAGGACAGAGCGGCUGUCACCCCUAGAGCCUUGUCCAGCUCCUCACAGGCUGGGGGAGGAGCCGGGUGGCGGGGAGCGGAGCGGAGCUUGGCUCUCGGCUGGACCCCUCUGUUCAGGGUGGCCAUGGGGGUUUUCCCCGUGGUGCCCCGCUGCCCUGUGCGGAGCCGCUGGGCGCCGCUGAGGUGGCUGACGGGCUUCCACAGGAGCACCUUGGCACAACAGAGCAGCACCCAUGCCCUGCGGUUGCUUCCGCAGAGGAAACAGCCCCCGAGCGUGGUUCCCAGGCCGUGGGACUCGAGGUCUCGCAGCAGGAGAGCUCUCCAUGCAGGCUCCUUCAGCCUCCAGGAGGUCAUGCUGACCAGCGAGCGGUACGGAGUGCGGAGGCUGCCCUUCUCCCGUGUGUCUGAGGGCGAUGUGGCCUUCUUCGAGCAGAUAAUGCCAGGCAGAGUCAUCACAAAUGCGGAGGAACUGAAACCGUUUAACGUGGACUGGCUUAAAUCGGUCCGAGGCUGUAGCAAGCUGAUGUUGAAGCCGCAGACAACAGCAGAGGUUUCGCAAGUUCUCAGGUACUGUUACGAGAGGAACCUGGCAGUGAACCCACAGGGGGGUAACACAGGCCUUGUUGGGGGCAGCGUUCCUGUCUUUGAUGAGAUCAUUCUCUCCACUGUUCUCAUGAACCGGAUCACCAGCUUUGACAAGGUGUCUGGAAUCCUUGUCUGCCAAGCUGGCUGCAUCUUAGAGAAGCUCAACGAGUACUUGGAGGAGCAGGGUUUUAUCAUGCCGCUUGACUUGGGGGCAAAGGGUAGCUGCCACAUCGGUGGCAAUGUGGCCACUAAUGCUGGAGGCUUGAGGCUCUUGAGAUACGGCUCUCUUCGAGGGACAGUGCUAGGACUGGAAGUGGUGCUGGCUGAUGGCUCAGUUCUGGACUGUUUGGCCUCUCUGCGCAAAGAUAACACUGGCUAUGAUUUGAAGCAGCUUUUUAUUGGAUCUGAGGGGACCUUGGGAGUUAUCACUGCUGUCUCCAUAAUCUGUCCUCAGAAACCAAAGGCUGUGAACCUGGCAUUCCUAGGGUGUCAGAGUUUUGCUAAAGUUCUGGAAACAUUUACAACCUGCAGAGCUAUGCUGGGAGAGAUCCUGUCUGCCUAUGAGUUCAUGGAUGAGAAGUGCAUGGAACUGGUUGAGAGUCAUCUGAAGCUGACCAGCCCAGUGAGAGAUAGCCCUUUUUAUGUUUUAAUUGAAACUUCGGGCUCCAACUUGACCCAUGAUGAAGAAAAACUGAACAACUUCCUAGAACAAGCCAUGACUUGUGGUUUGGUCACUGAUGGAACUGUGGCAACAGAUGAGAAGAAGAUAAAGACGCUGUGGAGCCUGCGUGAGAGAAUCACAGAGGCCCUCACUCACGAUGGCUGUGUCUACAAAUACGACAUCUCCCUCCCUGUGGGAAAGCUGUAUGAUCUCGUGACUGACACCAGGGCUCGGCUGGGCCCGAGUGCCAAAAGUGUGGUGGGCUAUGGCCACUUGGGAGAUGGAAACUUGCACUUAAACGUCACGGCAGAGUCCUAUAACCAUUCCCUGUUGGAUGCCAUUGAGCCCUUUGUGUAUGAGUGGACUGCGAGAUACAAUGGCAGUGUCAGUGCAGAGCAUGGACUGGGCUUCAAGAAAAAGCAGUUCAUUCAGUACAGCAAACCCAAGGAGGCAAUCCAGCUAAUGCAGCAUUUCAAAGCCAUGUUAGAUCCCAAAGGGAUCCUCAACCCAUACAAGAUGCUGCCCUCCAGUUCCUGAGAGCAAUACACACUGAGAAGUGAGCAGAUACUGUCACGCAAGAAUGGCACACAGUAACUGCACUUUAACCAUAAACAUACUCAUGGAUCAAGCAAGCACUUCGAAGGCUCCUUGUUUUAGUUCUUUAAUGUGAUGGAACAAGUAAAGAAACAUUGUUCCUCUUUUUAGGGGUGCCUGCCCUUUCUGAAGAACACAUUACAUGGUUUGACUGUGUGAAUUUGCUGUUUAACCUGAGCACUGAAACCAAGCGUGCAGCUGUUGUGUGUGGAUAUUCUAGCUCUCUUUCCCCUUAGUUUGCUCUGAUUUAGUAGUGAAGUGAUACCAGCCAGAGGAGGCUGGUGUCACACGGCCAGCACUGUUGAAUACUUCAUCAGUGAUCUGGAUGCAGUAGUUUAAUGCACCAUUAGCAAUUUUGCUGACAGUACAGUCUCUGGGGGUGGUGAGACAAUGGCACAGGUUGCCCAGGACUGUGGCUCCCCCAUCCCUGGCAGUGUUCGAGGCUGGGUUGGACAGGGCUUGGAGCAACCUGGUCUAGUGACAGGGGAGUUGGAACUAGGUGAUUUUUUGGUCCAUUCCAACCCAAACUAUUCUGUGAUUCUACGCUGGGAGUGCUGUUGAAUCACUGGAGGGACAAGAGACCUUGCAGAAGGAUCUAGAUAGACUGGAACAUCAGGCAGCAAAUUUAACAUGUCCAAGUGCCAGAUUCUACACCUGGGAUAGAGUAGCACCAGGCACAAGUAUAAACUGAGAGAGAAGUGGCUGGGGAGCAGUCCUGCAGGGAAGGAUCUGGGGUGCUGGGUGGCAGCAAGCUCACAGGAGCCAGCAGUGUGUGCCCUGGCAGUCGAGAGGACAAACUUCCUCCUGGGGUGCAUAAAAUGCAGUAAAACCAGAAGGCCAAAAGAGGUGAUUAUUCCACUGUACUUGGUGUAGCCUCACCUCAAGUACUGUGAGCAGUUCUGAGCCCCACUGUUCAAGGAGGAUGUGAAGGUACUUGCAUGUGUCCAGAGGAGGGCAACAAAGCUGGUGGCAUGGCUGGAAGCCACAUCAUGAGAGGAGCAGCUGAGAACUUCGGGUUUGUCUCCUUUGGAGAAAAGGAGUCUGAGGAAAGCAACCUCAUUGCUCUCUACAGCUUCCUGAGAAGGUGACCUGGAGAGGGAUCUGCUAAUCUCCCUGGAAUCCAGUGAUGGGAUGCAUGGGAAUGGCUCAAAGCUGCACCAGGGGAGGUUUGGACUGGACAUCAGGAAACAUUUCUUCACUGAGAGGGUGGUCAAACACUGCAACACCUGGAGAGGUGGUUGAUGCCCCAAGCCUGUCAGUGUUUUAAGAGGCAGUUGGGCAAUGCCCUUAACAACAUGCUUUAAAUUUCAGUCAGCCCUGAAGUAGAUGGGUCAUCAGUUGGGCUAGAUAAUCGUUGUAGGUCUUUUCCAACUAUUUCCUUCUAUUUUAUUCUGUGAUUUUUUUUUUGCUGGCUUUUAUUUUUCUUCUACAAUCUGUCUCUGGUUUUGGGAUAACAGGAGUGAUUGUCGUUUACAGCUUGGUGUUCAAAACCACAUGUUCACCCUGUCAGAGGACAGGCCAAGCCUUCUGCUAGUGAGUCAUCUAAUCAGUGUUUACUAAUCACAUCUGUAUUUACCAGUCCAUGUCACUCUUAACUCAGACUGUUGUAUCCAAAUGAAGCAGAUGGUUAGAAAAGCCCAGGGAUUUACCAAAGAUAAAUUGUGUUGAUAACCCAAACACCUUCUACAAUAAAAACAU